UCUGCGCACCGCAGAAACGCGCAGAGCUGUAACUGAAUCCGCACCGCAAACCGCACUACUUACCACAGUUUGAAAGGAUACUGUUGGAUUUCAAAAUAUUUAACCAUGAAGUGCGGCUCACCGCUGCUUCACUUUUUCAUAACUCUUCCUCUCAUCACUGGAUCACCUUUCCAUUACAGCCUGUUUCAGGGAAACGCAUAUUCUGGCACCGAAACACGACAAAGGAAUAAAAACUGGUGCGCCUACGUUGUGCACAAGAACGUGAGUUGUGCAGUCGUGGGAGGCACGGAGAGUUUCGUGCAGCCUGAGUUUUUACCGUGUCCACCAGAGCUGCCAAACUGUGCGCAACAAGUGAUAUAUCAAACACAUUUUAGGCCAACGUACAAAAUUGCCUACAAAACUGUAACGGAACUGGAGUGGAGAUGUUGCCCGGGAUACCAGGGUCGUGACUGCAAGGAGGUGAAAGACAUGAGGCUACUCCAAGUGGAGCGUUUGCCCCAUGCUCCAUCUGGACAUUUUCCAGUCCCACAAGCUCCAGACCAGAGACCAGUUGACCAGAGAAACCAUCUACUGGGAGGGGGCCAGCGGGGUGGCGGUCAGACCAGUGACAGGCUAGAGGGUCAAGGAGCGACUCAAAGUGCACAACACCUCAAAGAGGAGGUGCAACACCUGUCCCAGAUGGUCCUUGACAUGCAAGCAAGAAUGACAGACAUGGCCUCCAAUCUGAGGCUGGAUUUCCAGGAGGAUGCCAGUAAAAUGCUGGUUACAUUGUUGAAUAAUAUGAAACACCCAGCCAGUGCACUGGGUGCGGAGACCCAAACCAUUCAGGUGCAAGACUUUUCUUUUGGCCACGAGACCAUCCAGAUGGAUGAGGUCAUGAACAAGAUUAACCAAGUCACGUAUGAUCUAGAGUCCAAGAGCAAUGCCAUGGAUGAUCUGCUGAGUCGAGUCAGCCACCAUGAUGGACAAAUCCGUCUAUUGAUGGAAGCUGCACAGACUCCACCGUCCACACCACCUCCCCCUCCUCCUCCUGCUUCUCCAUCCAGUGAUGUAAACCUGCGUGACUACCUGGAUGAUAAGAUCCGUGCCCUGAGAGAGGAGUUGAUGGAAGGCAUUGAAAUCAAAAUGGCAGACUUGAAAAACUCUUGUGAUUAUAAAAUCCUGUCGGUUCAGACGCAGUGUGAAGGAACAGAGGCCAACUACCUCAGCCUGGCCGAGCUCAUGGACUCAAAAGAAAGUGACCUCCGCAAUGAGAUCCAGGACCUCAAGGUCAAGCUUGAUGAUCCAGGGAAGGUAGACUCCCGGUUUUCUGACUCUGUUCUGUCUCGUGUGGAAAACCUUGAAAUCUAUCUAAACUCAUCGGAGAGGACUCUGGCAGUACAGUGUCUUUCCGUAGAGGAGCGACUGCGGAACGAGCAGGCAGAAGCUGUCAGAGACCUAAAGCAUGUUCUAGAAAGCAAACUGACCUUCAUGGAGGACAGACUUACCCUGUUUGUAAACACAAGUACCACCUACCCAUCGGGUGGUCAGAAUGAGACACAGAAUUUUGUGCAGAAAGAUGUCAACUCUUUAAAAGAUGCUUUUCAAUCUUUGGAGCAAAGAUUUAAUGGUAUGCACCAUUUGUGCUUACAAGAGUGCAAAGCUAAUGGGACUUCUCGAGAAAACCUUCAGCAAGACUUUCAAAGCCUUAAAACUACUGUAGGUGCCACAGGAAGUCAUUCUGAAGCUCACAUAAGUGACACUGGAGCCACAGAGGGCCAACCCCUGAACCACAACACCAACACUGAGAAUGUGGACAGCGAGUUAAGCUACCUUAAAGGUCGUGUGAGCAGAUUGGAGGACUCAAUAUCAGAUUUAAUCCACCAACAGUCUCAGACACUAAAGAAUCUUAACUCCUCCUGGGGUCAAGUUAAAGCACAGGCUGUGCAGGAGGCCAAAGAUCUUUUGGAGCUCCACAGAACACAGCAUCAGGAGCUCAGACAGCAGCUGGAUGAGCUGGGCAGGGAGAUGAAUGCUAAGGCAGACCUCUGCAAGGAAACAACACAAGAUGCAGGGAAAGAGCUAGCUCACAUGGACAGCCGCAUUGUUAAUGUGGAGGCGUUAUGCAGCAAGCUGGAUCCCAUCUCCAGCAGCCUCCAGAGGAUCAAAGAAGGGCUGAACAAGCACGUCACUGGGUUGUGGACUUGUGUGAACCAGCUAAACUUCACAGCUGGAGCUCAGGCUCGUGAUAUUGGAGGAAUGAGGGAAACUUAUCAAAAUCUCCAGAACAGCAUCUCAAAUAUUGCCAGAGACCUUCAGCUCUUAACAAACAGCUCUCUUAGUAGGGAAGGUACUCAGAUCAGACUGGAGGAAGCAGGACCUCUUCAGGGAUCAAGUGAGAGCCUUGGGGUGCCGGUUGGCCCUGCAUACCUCCCACAGCCACCUGUCAUGGAGACCGGAGAGGCAGGACCCCCAGGCAAAAUGGCCUCAUCCAAGUUGCCAAAGGGGACUGAUGGCAGCAUGACGCUUGUCCAGGGUUUUGCUGGAGCUCCAGGAUCCCCCCCUAAACCUACUGAUUCCCUAAAGGUCGGCAUGCCUCUGAUCUCAGACCUGAGUAUGCUUCACAAACCUCCACCACAGAAAGAUGCUGUGACUGCAGGUGAGAAAGUGUCAUUCUCAGCUGGUCUCACUCUCCUGCCAUUUCAUGGAGAAGUUGGAAUCAUUCGAUUCAACAAGGUGUUGGUCAAUGAUGGAGGACAUUAUGACCCACAUACAGGCAUCUUCACAGCUCCAACAGAUGGCCGCUAUCUGGUGACGGCUGUUCUCGCAGCACAGAGAGGCGAAAAGGUGGAGGCGGUGCUCUCUGUGUCCAAUCAAAGCAUCCAGAAGCUGGAUUCUGCAGGUUUCUUGUCUGAAGCCGCGGCACCACUGUCACGUGACCAAUGCAACUGCAGCAGCUCAACAUCACUGAGCCUGGUCCUCUCGCUGAAGCAAGGAGAUCGAGCCGGACUCGUCGUGACUGCUGGAAAGCUGGCCAUUACAGCCUCGCCCCAGAUCCUGUCAUCAUUCAGCGCCGUGCUGCUCUACCCGAGCCCUUUGAAACGAUAGCUCCAACAUUUAUACUGCGUGUGCAGUUCAGAUGAACAUUACUGGUGACAUACUCCUUCUAUUAAACGAAAGAAGACUGAUCGACAAGAUGCAAGAAGAGAGAAAAAUGAUCCUGACAACAUGAGAUUAGUUGAGAUCAGUUUAACCAUCAGGCAGAAAUUGAAACAUUUCCAAGCUUUAAA